AUGGCCAGAGUAAGUCUCCUAGGAAAGUCUCUCUCAUUAAAAUUAUUUCACUCCAGAUGGGCUAUGGAGCACGAUUCUGAGGUUAGAGAUUUCGCUAAACUAGCCUUCAGAUCCUACUUGAUUAAGGAGGAUGACCUUCUCCUCAGGAACCACAUUGGUAUCCCGGACAUUCAGGCUUUAAUGGCUCUGUUAUCUAUCACAGGGAGCAGCGUAUCCUCUGAUCCCACAGACCAGACUUUUCGCAAUAUACAGUUCAAAACUGCUGAUGCUCUGGGCCCACUAUUACUGAUGCUGGAUAAGGCAGAAAAAGAAAGCAAUGCUCAGAAACCUUCUGCUUCAUCUCUGUUGGCGUCUAAGAUGGUUCUUUUAAAAGCGUCUGGAAGGGCAGUGCUAAUUAUUGGCCAAUCCUUUAAUUACAUAUCAAACAUCCGCAGAUCCUAUUGGCUCCAUGCAGAAUGUCUGACCGACCUAGCCUCCAAAUCGCAUGAGUUCCCAAAUUUGGAGGAUUCUUACCUAUUCGGUCCCUCGUUCAUUCAGGAGGUUAAAGGCCGUUACAAGGCAAAGAGAUCCUUUUCAGAACUCAAGAAGUCCAUCCCUGGCUACAAAAAGUCCUUUCAGACAGAGGGUCGCCCCUAUAGGGCUGCAGGAGUGUCCCAUGAAGUCUCUCACCAGGCCCAGUACCGCCACUACAGUGGAAGACACAAGCUCCCGGGGGGUGGCAGAGGCGGUUCAGCUUCCAAAAGAAAACCCAUGCAUUCAAGUAAGUGUGCCUCCUCAUAUGCCACUAAAUUGGAAGGAUAUUUGCUCAGACAAAUGUGUUCUAAAGAUUUUUCAAAGGGGUUUACAACUCCCCCUUUUAAGGUUCCCAGUCCAGAAAUUUGCACCCCACUGAGAGGUGAACCCAGUGCUAGAUGCCUCCCUUUCCUUAACUUUAAGUCAAGGGAAGAUAGAGUUGGCAGACAUGUCUAUUACAGGAUGGGUCAGCCCAUUGUUCUCAAUCCCAAAAUCAGACGGUUCCUGGAGACCGGUCCUAAACGUGAGGUCUCUGAAUGCUUUCAUCAAAAGGAAAAGGUGCAGGAGGGAGGGUUUAUCAGAUCUUCCAGGCUUAGUACAGAAAGCUUUUUUCUGCAUAAGGUUAGACCUAAAAGAUGCCUUCCAUUCAGUCCCCAUAGCCAAGAAACACAGGCGUUUUCUCAGGUUUCAGUGGAAAGGAAGUGUGGCAGUGGACCGUUAUGGUAUUUGGCCUAUCCAACGCACCAUACACAUUCUCCAGAAUUAUGA